GUCGCUGAGAAAGCUUUUAUCCCCCCGAAGUCUGAGAAUGGAACGGGCCCUGUGGGGCUGAGAAGGGUCCAGUGUGCAGGAAAUGAGACUCGUCUGACUCACUGUGACAACUCCACGUCUGAGACAGCCCAGGCAGGAAUUGCUGCGGACGUCGGUGUCGUUUGCUCAGGAAGCCGGCAGAUCAGACUGGUGAAUGGGGCAGGUCGCUGUGCCGGGAGAGUGGAGAUUUAUUACAAUGGCAGCUGGGGGACUGUCUGUGAUGAUUCCUGGGAUCUGUCAGACUCCGAUGUUGUUUGCAAACAACUGGGAUGUGGACGUGCCAUCAAUGCAACUGUCUCUGCUCAUUAUGGGCAAGGAUCCGGGCAGAUCUGGCUGGACGAUGUGAACUGCUCUGGGAACGAAUCCGAUCUCUGGGCGUGUCCUUCCGGGGGCUGGGGCCAGCACAACUGCAGACACAAAGAGGACGCGGGAGUUCUCUGCUCAGAGUUCACAGAUCUGAGGCUGGUGAGCAACAGUGACUGUGCAGGGCGGCUGGAGGUUUUCUACAAUGGGACGUGGGGCAGUGUUUGCUCCAAUCAGAUUUCUGGAGUCACCCCAGCAAUUGUCUGCAAACAGCUGAACUGUGGGGACAAAGGGCAGAUUGCAAGUGACUUUGAAUAUGGAGCAGGUUCUGGUCCCAUGUGGUUGGACCACAUUGCAUGCAGUGAGCAGCACAGCUCACUCUGGCAGUGCCUGUCAGACCCUUGGGAUCCAAAGUCAUGUGAUAACCGAGCAGAAGAGACCCAUAUUUCUUGCACUGGAAAAAAACCAAAACCAACUCAGACCCUGUUUGCCGAAUGCCCAAACUCUCCAAGCUGCACAGACCAGGACAAGUUACGUGUCGUGGGAGGAGAGGACAGAUGCUCGGGGAGAGUGGAGGUUUGGUACCGUGGCUCCUGGGGAACAAUUUGUGAUGACUCCUGGGACAUGGCAGAUGCUAAUGUUUUGUGUCAACAACUGGGCUGUGGCUCUGCUGUAUCUGCCCCGGGCGAGGCUGCAUUCGGCGAGGGGACUGGUCCCAUCUGGGUGGAGACGUUGAAUUGCAGAGGGACAGAGUCAUCUCUCUGGGACUGUCCUGCCAAGCCCUGGGGUGAGAGCAACUGUGGUCAUAAGGAAGAUGCUGCCGUGAAUUGCUCAG